AGGAUGUCCCCUCUGACAAGAGAGUGUUACGUCAUCAACAAUCGCCACUGUGAAGCACGAGGAAAUGUGAUGGUCUGUUGUUUUCUUUGACGGGUUGUAAUGUGCCAGGUGGGAGAAGAGGAUCGGUACCGGUACCAGCAGGACGGACCGGCAAGUGCUUCUAAGAAAUGCGUGAAAUGCAAAGAUGCCUCUGCAGCCUUGGUCAUCAGAGCAGGGGAUGCCUACUGCAGGAGCUGUUUCAAUGAAAGCUUUGUUCACAAAUUCAGAGCCAUGCUGGGUAAAACCAGGGUGAUUUUCCCAGGAGAAAAGGUGCUGCUGGCUGUUUCUGGAGGUCCAGCUUCCUGUUCGAUGCUUCGUCAAGUGCAAGAGGGUGUGAGUCAGAAUGCUCACAAGAAGCUGAGGUUCCUGCCUGGUAUUGUCUACAUUGACGAGGGAGGCGUUGUAGGCCUGUCUAAGGAGAUGAGACAGAAGACUGCGUUUGAGCUACAGGAGCUGUUCACAACUACAGGUUUCCCCUUCUACAUCCUUCCUCUUGAGCAGGUUUUGGAGCUUCCAACUUCAGUCGUAAUGCCGGUCCAACAACCGUCAGAACCAGUUACUGGUGCCUACAAAGCAGCUGUGGAUCACUUCCUCCUACAUGGUAGAAAAAACGAUGUGUCCCCUGAAGAACAAGAAAAUAUCUUGCCAUGUGAUGUGAAUGAGUCCCAGACAUGUGCACUCCAGCAGCUGAUUGGAUCUGCUAAGACUCUGACAGCCAGAGAAGACCUGCUGAACACUCUGAGGCAUCAUUUGCUGGUGCAUACAGCUCGAUCUAAAGGCUAUAGUAAACUCAUGCUGGGAGACAGCUGCACCAGACUGGCUGUUAAACUCCUCAUCAGUAUCUCACUGGGCCGAGGGGCACAGCUGGCUCAGGACGUGGGUUUUUCAGACUCCAGAUAUGGUGACGUCAUAUCAGUGAGACCAAUGAGGGACUACUCAGCCAAAGAAAUUGCUUUCUACAGUCACAUGUUCAAUGUUCCAUAUGUUUCUGUUCCAAGCCUACACACUAAGACUCAGGACAAGGCCAGCAUCCAGCGUCUGACUGAAAGUUUUGUGACCAAACUCCAGACAGACUUCCCGUCCACUGUGAGCACCAUCUACAGAACCGGUGAGAAGUUGCAGACAGCAGGUCGGAGCUCCUCAGCUGCUGCUGAUGGUAGCAGAUGUCUGCUCUGUUUGUGCAGUCUGGACACUGUUACUGAUGUUGCUUCUGCCCUUCAGGCCACACUAAUCUCAGAGCAGCUCUCCCACACUAAAAUACAAGGCCCAGAGUCAGAACUGUCUACUGCUGAGGAGUACUGUUCCAUUAAAGGAGAAGGGACUUGUAGAGGAACAGGAGGUGGCGUUGUCUGCUGUUCUUCUGCUAAGGAAGUUGAUACUCCAGACCUGAGAGAGCUGAUGUGUUACAGUUGUCAGCUAACCAUCAAGGACAUGUCUUCAAUUCACCAUCUUCCUCACUACAUUCUCUCAGAAGCGCAGAGAAGACAUAGCAGGUCUCUGAUGAGAGAGGAGAUCAGGGAGUUCCUGCUGGAUGCUGAUGAGGAUGACUAGCUGCAAAAAUGUUAUCAAACCCAUUUUUAACAGGAAGGAGAGAUGUUUGUCUAAAUAUCUGAUUACCUAUGAAAAAGACAAUUUCAUAUACUCAUUAUGGUUUCAUAAAAAUGUGACAUCUUCACACCGUGACAUGUAAAGAAGGUUCUGGUUGCAUUGCUGACCUGUUUUUAGUGUCCAUCACGUGAGCAGGAUUUAUAGCAGUAAUGUGUUCUGUACUCUGAAGUUAAUGUUCAAUAAAUGUAUUUGGCUUUUGCAUUUGAAUAAAAGCAGCAACAUCUUU